AUGCAGCUUGAUAUCGUGCGGAAGAAGGUGGCGGCAAUUAGUGGAAGGGAUGCGAGCGAGGUUAGGGUCGUUGCUUGCCCCUACAGGAUUUGUCCUUUGGGGGCCCACAUUGAUCAUCAGGGUGGAACUGUGACUGCUAUGACGAUCAAUUAUGGAGUACUUCUUGGGUUUGUGCCCUCCGAUGAUACUGAGGUUGUACUCCAGUCUGGUCAAUUUAAAGGUGGUAUACGAUUCAGAGUUGAUGACUUGCAAAAGCCUAUUGAGAACCCAGGAAACAUUAACUGGGAAAGCUAUGCAAGAGGUGCAGUUUAUGCCCUGCAAAAUAGUGGAUAUGUUUUGAGAAAGGGUAUAGUAGGUUAUAUAUCUGGAGUGAAAGGACUCGACAGUUCAGGGCUUAGUUCGUCUGCAGCUGUUGGCGUUGCGUACUUGCUGGCUCUAGAAAAUGUUAAUGAUCUGGACCUAUCACCUGUUGAUAACAUUCAGCUGGACAAGUCUAUUGAAAAUAAAUAUCUGGGUCUUGAAAAUGGUAUUCUAGAUCCAUCAGCCAUUUUAUUGUCUCGAUAUGGCUACCUCACCUUCAUGGAUUGCAAGACUGCGUCACCUUCCUACGCCUACUUCUCGGAGCUGAACAAAAGCCAGCAACCUCAAGGGCAGCUGCCAUUCAAGAUUUUGUUGGCAUUUUCAGGUUUGCAACAUAACCUACCCAAGUCGCGUGGAUAUAAUACACGAGUUUUCGAGUGCAAAGAGGCUGCACGUGCUCUGUUAUGUGUGCUAGGCUGUGAAGAUGCGCCAAUACUUCGUAAUGUUGAUCCAGGUGUAUAUGAGGCCCAAAAGUGUAUAUUAGACGAAAAUCUUGCCAGGAGGGCUGAGCACUACUUCUCUGAAAUGAAGCGAGUUGCUAAGGGAAGAGACGCAUGGGCUCGUGGAAACCUACAAGAAUUUGGGCAGCUGGUCUCGGCAUCUGGCCGUAGCUCCAUAGUCAACUAUGAGUGUGGGAGCAAAGAGAUGAUACAGCUACAUGAGAUCCUCCUGAAGGCCCCUGGCGUCCUCGGCGCACGGUUCAGCGGCGCUGGCUUCAGGGGCUGCUGCCUCGCCAUCGUCGACAGCGAACGGGCGGAGGAGGCAGCAGCCUAUGUUCGUGCCGAAUACGAGAAGGCCCAGCCAGAGCUGGUGAGCAAGAUUCCGGCGGAUCGGCGUGUGCUGGUCUGCGAGCCAGGAGACUCCGCGCGUGUCAUAUUGCCAGACCACGACCGCCAUUGCUGAGCACUCUGUUGAUGUCGGAGC